AUGUUCUUCAUACAUAAGUACACCUGGAUACAACAUUCUAGAAAUUUGAAAUCCGUCAUAGAUUAUGUGAUCCGACAGUAUACAGCGUUAAAGAUUCAAGACGUACGAGUCUACAGAGGAGCGACAUGUGGAAGUGACCAUCAUCUUGUUAAGUCCAAAAUAUUACCCUUUCGAAUGGUAAAAAAAAUAGACGAAAGAGAACAGGAAGAAAAGACAACAGAAGUAAAAUAUAAUUUAGAUAGCUUCAACCACGAGAGCGUGAAAGAUUUAUACAAAAAUCGACUGGAUGAAAAACUUGUACAAGAAAAUUUUGAAAGUACAGAAGAACAGUACAAUUAUAUUAUAGACUGCAUGAGAAGUGCAUCAGAAGAAGCUUUGGGAAAAUACGCCAAACCCAAACGAAGAGUACCAUACUGGUGGGAUGAAGAAAUUGAGGAAAUGAUAAAAGCUAAACGAGAAAAGGACAACAAAUUUUUAAAUAUAAAAUCGAACAAAAGUAAGCAUGAAUACAAAACAGCACAAAGAAUUGUACUCAUAGCUAUAACAAAAAAGAAAAACAAAAGCUGGGAAAAAAACGGCACAAUAAUUAAUACAUAUAUAGGAGGUAGUAGAAGUACCGAAAGCUGGAGAAUAUUAAGGUCCCUUCGAAAAGAGAAGACUAAAGAUAUCAUCUCACCAAUUACAUUACCAAAAAUGGGACGAAUACUUUGCUUAACUGUUGACCGAAGAAAGGGCCGAAUACUAACAAACAUCGCAGCCACAAUCCGACAUUCAAAUAAGAACCGCAGCUUCUCUACUGAGGAUCAAUACGAAAGAAGUAAAACAAAUUUGCCAAACCCUGAAAAAUAA